AUGGCGGAGCCGCAGCAAGCAGGGAGAGAGGCUGAAGAGGACGAGGAGGCUGAGGUGGCGAGGGCGGCUGCACCUGCAAAGCGAAAAGCUGGUUGGUGGCCCCUUCAAAGCAGCUACGAGAACAUAUUGAAUGCGAUCAUCCGCCCGCCUCGGGCAGAGUACAAAGUGGAUCACAUGGGCCCGAAGAGCUUCCUGUUUGCUGGCCACAAGUUCCAGCGGCACGAUUUGCAAGUGCAAAACCCCCAAGGGCAUUUGCUGGAAUGCAGCUGGUGGAAGCCUAAAGAACCGCGGCUGAUCAGCCCCGAGCCGCUCCCCUGCGUGGUGUGCCUGCACGGCAACUCCUCCUGUCGAUUGGAAGCGCUGCAGCACGUCCGCUUAGUCCUGAUGCGGGGGAUCACACUUUUUGCCUUCGACUUUGCUGGAUGUGGCCAAUCUGAAGGUGACUACAUCACCCUGGGUUACCAUGAGAGAGAUGAUGUGCAGGAGGUGAUCAAGUACCUCAGGGAGACGGGUGAGGUCUCGACCAUCGCUUUAUGGGGCCGUUCCAUGGGGGCGGCUACCGCUCUACUGCAUGGGCACCGAGAUCCUAGUAUCGCCGCUUUGAUCUUGGAUAGCCCCUUCGCGAGCCUCGAAAUGGUGGUGCGCGAGCUCAUUGCGCGGAUGCCCAUCCGAUGCAAGCUGGGUUUCAUGGUGAAUGCUGCCAUGGGCAUGGUUCGCAGAUCGGUAAAGAAGCGUACUGGCAUGGACAUUUUGAAGCUCAAGCCGAUUGAGAAUGUGCAUACUUGCUUUAUUCCUUCCCUCUUCGUCGCCGGCGUGAAUGAUGAACUGAUUGAUCCGCACCAUACGCACGACAUCUACGACAUCUAUGCGGGAGACAAGAAUAUCGUCCUCAUUGAGGGCGAUCACAACUCUCAGAGGCCACAAUAUUUGGCUGAUGGGAUCUCCAUUUUCCUGUAUGAGCGUCUUUGCUUGCCGGCAGGCCUUGCCGGCGAGCUACCUGCACCAGAAGCUUCAAGAGGCUUUGAGGACAUCCGACCCGAAGAGGUGGACCUUGAAGGCCAAGAUGCUGAUGAGCUGGCCGUUCAAGAAGCAAUUCUGAUGUCGCUCAUGGGGCCAAUGGAUUUGAGCCAAGGCCUAGAGGGCCGCCCCGGCGCCGUGGCCUCGUCGCCCGCGGCGCGCGCCGCCGUUCCCGGCGAGCACGUAGACCUCAACCAGCUGGCAGACAUCAUUGGCGCCAAGGCGAAAGCCAAGUACCGGAAGACCCGGGAUUGCUUCCGUUGGUUGGACGAAGCCAAGACAGGCAUUGUCACCCGUACUGAGUGCAACCAGUUCAUGGAGGCCUUCGGCUAUCCUGCCUGCAUAGGAGAGCAAACCUACAACGCACUGCUGUUGCCUGGGCAGAAGGAGGUAGACUUCAGUACCUUCGUGCGUUUCUUCGGUCCUCAUAUCCAUCCAAGGUAUGAAGAGGUGGUGGAAUUGCGCGAGCAGCUGUGCCAGUCCCGUGCACCAUCACCUCGCAGCCCACCGCCCGAGCGGUCUGCACCGCGGGUCAGUUUGACCCGCAGCAUGUCGGCAACCAAAGGCCGGCCGCCCACACCAGGUAUGGUGGAGGAGGAUGUGUGGAGCGCUGCACCCACCUCAGCAGGCAGUGGGGCGGCCUCGAGUAGUGCCAGCGUCCCAAGCAAUCCAAGGUCCUUUACACCUCGACCUCUACCAUGCUCGCUUGCGCCGAGCGCUCCAGUCCCAGUCCCUCCCAGCACCCCAGCUGAUUCCAAGGAGGACACGCAGGCGCCACAUCGCCAUCGAAACGUGUGGGGCGCCACGUGGGAAACAUCAAUGUGGCGGUGA